CGUCGCUGCUGCCGACGAUGCAACACCUCGUUUCCCCGUCGGGCUCCGGGGGAAACAGCCGCUGCUGGGGGGCCCUGCCGGCGCGGAGACCGUGCUCCCACCUCCGCCUCAGCCUUUUCUUCCGUAAGCAUCCAUGACAGGCCCGCCGGAGCGAGACGCGAGACGAAGAUGUUUGCCGGAGAAGGAAUCUGCAGCCAUGGGUUUGUUCUUUGGCCUUGGAUGAGCUGAACUAAGCUGGACCCACGAUACUCCACCAAGCGGCCCCUGCCCAAAGCAGGGGGUCCCCUCUCCCCAUCUCCAGCUAUGGCCGGCUUCAAGAGGGGUUACGAUGGCAAGAUCGCCGGCCUGUACGACCUGGACAAGACGCUGGGCCGCGGCCACUUCGCCGUGGUCAAGCUGGCGCGCCACGUCUUCACCGGGGAGAAAGUGGCCGUGAAGGUGAUUGACAAGACUAAGCUGGACACCGUAGCGACGGGUCACCUUUUCCAGGAAGUCCGCUGCAUGAAGCUGGUGCAGCACCCCAAUAUCGUGCGCCUGUACGAAGUGAUAGACACUCAGACCAAGCUUUACCUCAUCCUGGAGCUCGGCGACGGAGGGGACAUGUUCGACUACAUCAUGAAACACGAGGAAGGUCUGAACGAAGACCUGGCUAAGAAGUACUUUGCCCAGAUUGUCCACGCCAUCUCCUACUGCCACCGUCUGCACGUGGUCCACCGGGACCUGAAGCCGGAGAACGUGGUCUUCUUUGAAAAACAAGGACUCGUGAAGCUCACCGACUUUGGAUUCAGUAAUAAAUUUCAGCCGGGGAAAAAGCUGACUACUAGUUGUGGAUCUCUGGCGUACUCUGCACCAGAAAUACUGCUGGGGGACGAGUAUGAUGCGCCAGCUGUAGAUAUCUGGAGUCUGGGCGUGAUCCUGUUCAUGCUGGUUUGCGGCCAGCCGCCCUUCCAGGAAGCCAACGACAGCGAGACCCUCACCAUGAUCAUGGACUGUAAAUACACCGUUCCUGCCCACGUUUCCAGCUUCUGCAAAGACCUGAUAGACCGCAUGCUUCAGAGGGACCCGAAGCGCCGAGCCUCUCUGGAAGAGAUUGAGAGCCAUACUUGGCUACAGGGGGUUGAUCCGUCUCCAGCCACCAAGUACAGCACUCCUCUGGUCUCUCACAAGAAUCUCUCAGAAGAGGAGCACAACAGCAUCAUCCAGCGCAUGGUGCUGGGAGACAUCGCCGACAGAGAGGCAAUAGUCGAGGCCUUGGAGACCAACAAGUACAACCACAUCACGGCCACGUACUAUCUGCUGGCGGAGAGGAUCCUGAGGGAGAAGCAGGAGAAGGAGGUCCAGACCCGCUCCUCCAGCCCCAGCAACAUCAAGGCGCAGUUCAGGCAGUCCUGGCCCACCAGGAUGGACAUGCACCAGGACAUCGAGGACAGUUUGGCAGCUUCGUCCAUCUCUCACGCCGGGGGCCCCCAGUCCCCCGCCCGCAGCGCAGAGAGCCUCCUCAACGGACACCGCUCCAAAGGCCUGUUGGAGCUGGGCCGGCGGGAGGACAGCUCGGUGACCGACUCGCCAGGACCCCCCCAGGGAGCCUUCGCCGCCAGCUCGACCUCGGCCCCCGCUGCCGUCUCUGGGACCACCAGGGCGCCCGUCCCCUCCACUUCGGCCGCCCCCAAGCAAAGAAUCUGCUUAUUCAGGGUGGAAGAGGACGAGGAGGAGGAGGAAGAGCAGGAGCCGUCCCCCCUCCCAACGGUAAUCCUGCGGAGGAAGCCCCCCUCCAUCACCAACCGCCUCACCUCCAGGAAGAGCGCGCCCGUGCUCAACCAGAUCUUCGAGGAGGAGGGCGAGUCCGACGACGACUUCCACACGGACGAGGGCCUGCCGCCCAAACUCAGCCGGCUCAAGAUGAGCCUGGCCGGCGGCGGGGCGGGCAGCCUGGCCCCGGGGGCCGCGGGGGCCCCUGGCGCCCCCUCCUCCUCCUCCUCGUCCCCGGGGGCCCAGCACAAGCGCUACCACCGUCGCAAGAGCCAGGGCCGGGGCUCGUCCUGCUCCAGCUCGGAGACCAGCGACGACGACUCGGAGAGCCACCGCCGCCGCCUGGACAAGGACUCGGGCUUCGGCUACGGCUGGAACCGCAGGGACAGCAGCGAGGGGGGGGACGGGGGCGGCAGCAGCUCGGGCCAGGGCAAGCCCCCGUCCCCGGGGGGGGGCUCCUCCGGCCCGGACAAGGACAGCCCUCCCGGCGCGGGCGGGGACACCGGGGGAGAGGGCGGCGGCGGCGGCGGCGGCGGCGGAGGGGGGGCGGGCCGGGCGGAGGGGGCGGGAGGGGGCAGGACGGCCCCCCCCAGCUGCUCCAACAGCAGCUCCCAGCCCUGCCUGUCCCUCCCCCGGGCCUCCCGCACCUCCAGGAGCCAGGAGCUGGUGGAGAGCCUGAAGCUCAUGAGCCUGUGCCUCAGCCAGCAGCUGCAGGGCCCCCGCGGCGGCCGGGGGGGCCGCGGACGCCUCAUCCUGGACCCUCGCGGCGUCAGGCUGUGCGUGGGCCCCACCAUCACCCUCCCCACCACCACCGGCAGCCUCCGCACCAAGACCCAGGCCCCGGCCGGCCCCCACGGGCCCCCGGCGGGGCCCAACCUGGGCCUGAAGAGCGGCGUGCUGCAACUACCUCUCUGUGAGAAAACCAUCUCCGUCAACAUCCGGCGGGGGGGCGGCCCCAGAGACGCUCUGCUCUGCAGCUCCGCCCCCGCCAGCUGCUGCCAGGUCAUCUGAACUCUGACCCCGCGGACCCCGGACCCCCCCCCCAUCCAGCCUCGCUCCCACAUCCAUGUAGCACCUUAUAAUGUCAUAAUUUCCUGAAAAUGUAAUAACGCCUGAAAAUUUAAUGAAAUUUGCACUUAACUCAAUCAAAAAUGUAAUAAAACCCAAUGAUGUAAUAACUUCACCAAUAAUGUAAUAAAAUAUCCUAACAGAUAUUGUAAUUACAUCUUUACCUAUAAUGUAAUACCUUAUUACAUUAUUGGGAAUUUAUUACAUGCUACUCAAAGUCUGCAAUUUAACCCAAUAGUCAUUCUGGUGUUUCAAAUCCAGCGUAAAUAACAUUCUUAGAUACUUAAAACACAAAAUGUAGAACUCUGGACUGAAAAUGAACAUAUAUAUUACAUUAUUUGUCAAGUAUUACAUUUUCAGUUUUGGAGGAAAAAAAAAGACCCACCUGAAAAUGUUAAAUUCCCAAAUAAUAAAUUCCAAAUGUAAUAAGGUAUUACAUUAUCGGUAAAAAUGUUAUUACAAUAUCAGUCAGGAUAUUUUAUUACAUUAUUGGUGAAGUUAUUACAUUAUUGGGUUUUAUUACAUUUUUGAAUGAGUUAAAUGCAAAUUUUAUUACAUUUUCAGGAAAUGAUUACAUUAUAGGAGCUACAAAGCAUCAUCGCUCAUCUUUUUAAUUUGACUCAACUGCACUUUGACAUUUUGAAGAAUGUGCUUAAAGAACGAGGGACGGUUUAGAGUUGGGCUGCUCUGGGAUUGAAUUAGGAAGAAUCUUGAGUAGAACGAUGACUCGUCAUAAACCUGGGGAACAUCCAAAAGAGUGUAAAUAUUGAUGACUUUAAUAUUUCAGUUACUUUCAAGUCUGAAAAUAAUAUGAGGAAGUUCUGUUGAGAAUGAAGUCAGGUGAUGAAGAUGUGCCUGGAACCAGAGGUCACCGGCUGCAGCUGCAGCUGCAGCUACCCAGCACCGUUUGGUGAAGCCCCUCCCUCCCUCCCUCCCUCCCUCCCUCCCUCCCUCCAGCUCACAGAUCCACAUAUCUGACGGGUCCAGGUCUGGGAUACGAGGGGGGCGCGUGCACGUCUGCCAUCCAAGCGCACGUGGGGACGGUCUCGGCCAACGUGGUGGCAAAUGCUUGGCCGUUUUAAUGGAGCGGCCAGGGAGUCUGGGAUGCAGGGGGGUGUGGAUAGAUCUGUAGGCAUCGUCUUCUCUGGGUCAACUCCAGCGCUGCUGCAGCCAGUAAAACGGGUGUAAAUGCAGCGGAUUGCAUAGGAUUUCUGUAGUCCAGGAACUAGUGGGGGGGGGGCAGUGGGACACGUGCAGGUCGCCCCAGGUCAGUGCCUUACCUUCCCGCUGUCAUCUCGGCUCCUUCUGACCUUAAAACCAGCUCAUGAGGCGACGCAUCAUCCCAGUGGAGCGGUUGUUAGGGACUAGACCAACAUGUUGAGGUAGGAACUCAGUCUCUAACACGUUACUUUGGGCGUGAAAUGGAACCUUUUCCUCCCAGUUGAACGUGUUGAUCCUUCCCUUAAAGAGUCCCAGUUCUCCUGUGAACGUGGCGUUGUUCCGUACACAGACUCCAGUUCCAGCGGGACUCCUCUCACACUGCCACUACUUCCUGUGCUGGAGGAGCUGCACAUCAUGCAGCCAUCCCUCUCCCGGGCCCCCCGGGGGCCGGGGGCCUGGUGGUCUCCUCACGUCUCCCAGCGUGUCCAUCACGGGGGAACUCAGAGAUAAGAGUCUGGACUCAGUCUGGAAUCCUCCUUUCAAACCAGCCCCUGAUCUGUCGGCCACAACCCUUUAAACCACCUCUGUGGAGGCGGAGAGGCGGGACACGUUCUGGUCUGUACGGAAGAGUAAAGGGCCCAGGCAGGAGAAAAAUAAAAUAAUAUUUUAGAGGAGGAAGAUUUUUUUUUCAUUAUGCACUUUGAGAAAAAAGUCGAAAUGUCGAAAAAAAAAAAGUCAAAAUGUCGCGAUUAAUGUUGAAGUACAAUUUCGAAAAGAAAAAAGUCGAAAUGUCGAGAUUAAUUGUAAGUGUCUUUCCAAUGUCACUAACUUGGUGGUGCAUGUCAUUGCAAUUUAUUGAUCGAUGCCAGGCUUGGCUCUCACAAAUCAAUGUCCACGUUGCUUUUGUUUCGUUUAUUUCUCCGGUCUUUAAGUCCAGCAAAUACACCUCCGUUUGCUAUUAAGCAGCCUAUAAUUUCACACUGCUACUAUCACCUCAGCCUCGCCUCAGCCACGCUCAAAAACUGUUUGCUUCUCAUUAACGUGGCUUAAUAAAUGCACUUCCACAGGAAAAAACAUUUACAACAAAAAUAAAGAAAACACACAUAGGAAAAUGGCGAAUAAAGUUGAGAUGUUGAGAAAAAAGCCGAAAUUUCGACUUUAUUUACGAAAUUUUGACUUUAUUCACGAAAUUUUGACUUUUUCUCGAAAUUUUGACUUUUUUCUUGAAGUGCACAAUAAAAAAAAAAGUUUUCUCCUGCAUGGCCCUAAUACUCUUCCGUAGUCCUGAGUGACGAGGAGAGGAGGAUGUUUUUAGUCCUGAUUGCCGCUGGGAGGAAGCUUCCCCCUCACCUGCCCCGUGCGCUUGGACACGCUUUGUGUAUAUAGAUUACGACGAAGAGUAAAAGUUUAUUUUUUAAAACCUGUACAGUUUUUUUUGACGAGCCUGUGUGAAUGUUUAAGUCUUUUCCCCUCCUUGGUGUGUGCGUGUGCGUGUGUCUGUGUGUGUGUGUGUGUGUGUGUGAGCAGGAACCCAGGACAGAUACGGGGGGGGGGGGGGGGGUUUAAACGGGGAACUUCUUUAAGGGCAUUGGCAAUAAGCUACAGCGCGCGUUGCAGCUAUUUGUACAGAAACGUGUUCAUUUUGCUUCAUUUCUGUCUGUUUUUUUAAGUUCCAAACAUGUGGCCUCUCCGGCUGCUCGACAAGAGACGAAAUCAUUUUAACUAUUUUUAUUUGCUACUUUUUUGUUACCUGAGACUUGUCUGAAAGAACCAAAUGUAAAUAGAGUUGUAAAUAUGGUGCUCUCUCUCUCUCUCUCUCUCUCUCUCUGUCCGUGUGGAGCGGCCGGCGGGACCCCCGGGGCCCGGCGGAGGGCCGGGGGCCGGCCGGCCCGACAGUGACUAGCCUUAUCAUCACUGUAGUAAUAAUGUUGGGUGUCUUAGCUAAAAAAGAAACUUGAACAAAGCUGGUGGAGGAAAGGCCAGGCAGCUUUGUUACCUUCAGGUGUCUGUGUCUCCUCAGCGUAUCCAGGUGAACGAUGUGCAUGUGUUUCAGUGUGACGGAGAGAUGCAGAUAUGUUACCGGACCAAAAAGAGCUGACGGGAACGUCCUGUGUAUUAUUCUGUACUUGGUACCUGUUGUCAGACGUUACAUAUAGCCAUGGUAAUAUCCCAAAUAAAAGUGGAAAGUUGUCUCUGC